AUGGCAGGUGUCCGCCGACUUCGUUUCCCGCCACCUUCGGCGCUUGCCGGAGCGAUGCCUUCUCAAGGUCGUUUCCGCACUCUUCUAGCACGCCUGCGGGGCCCCCACGGUGCACUGCUAAACACGUUUAUUAUAUGGCAUCUAUUUACCACGCACGUCGGAUCGUUGAAAGCUACUCAAGGUCCCUCGAUGCUCCCCACAUUACGUUCCUCAGGUGACUGGAUACUCGUCGACCGUGUGUCUCAUCGACUUUGCACCGAUCCAUUAUCUGGAAUCGAGAGGGGCACGCUAGUCACUUAUAUAUCUCCUGUGGACCGCAGCCGUCAUGUCUGCAAGCGCUUGAUUGGACUUCCGGGAGAUAUUGUCGAAGUUGAAGUCGCAACUGAGGACGAAUUUGGAUUGGAAGAACGUAGAGCAAUGCACACUGUUGUUCCACAGGGUCAUUUCUGGACACAGGGAGACAACAAAUCUGCCACUCUCGACUCCAACUCAUAUGGGCCAGUCCCAUAUGGACUAUUUACAGGCCAAGUUCGCAGGAUCAUUUCUUUCUGGCCGCCGAGUAUACGACGCGUGGAAACCGUGAGCUUCAUAAACACGGAAGCAAGAUGA